UGUUUAAGCUCAAUUGGUUGCUCAAUAGAAUGUGACUAUUCUUGUCAGCAUCUUGUAACUUGUAAACAAAGUUAACAAACUGCACACCCAAAUCAGCUCCGUUGCUGAUACGAAGAUUCGGUAAUCUUUUGUAUACCCCGGUAACUGAACAAAAUAGAGAUGGAAUUUAUGUCGCUGAGGAAACUGGAAGAUUUAUUUCUUCGCUACAAGACAUGGGUUGUUAGCAAUCCCCAAGGUGUAUCAGAAAUGGAAGCAGUUGUGAAGUGGGGUUCGUAUAUAUUAGCAGGUCGUUUGAAAAACUCCUCACUUUUAUGUGAAGUUGUAUAUUCAGGAUCACGGCUCUUUGAAAUGUUCAAUGAUUUCUUAGUAAAAGGAAUACUGCCAGAGCUAUCUUCUAAACAGGGAGAAAAAUUAAAGGUACUGUUAACUGUCUUAGAAUACUUGGAAGUUUUGAUAGAAAUAUCUGCAGUCCAGUUCUGGGGUGAAGUAGGCCGUUGGGCAGUGGUUACUGCCAUUCAGUUAAUCAAGUGUAUUGGACGUUUCCUAAGGUUCUAAAGUACAAGUCAGGGUGUAGUGUCAUCUCCACCCAUCAAACCAAUUGAUAGAAAAGCAGUUUAUAAGAAUAAACAAGAAAUUCAGUAUGGUCUUUCCACUAACAAUCCAGGAGUAAUUAAAUUACCUCAGUCUGGACGCAUUAUGAGGACCCUAGCUGGAGCUCCACCUAGUCACCAACGAACAUUUACACCUCCAAAACCACCUAACAAUAAUGACAAUGAACCUUCAUCAGCCCUAGUAGUUUCUCACAAGCAUCUAGCUGCUGAGGUGAUACACAUAAUACGACCAUUAAGCCAUCUUAGCAGUCUUUACAUAUUUGGAAAGCAAUCUUGGACACCAUGGCUACUAUCUCUUGGAAUGGACUUUGUAAGCCUGAGGUUGUAUGAUGAAAGCAAACUUACAAAAGUAGAGAAGACUGAAAUUAUCCAUAGAAGAAUUGGUCUGCUGUACUAUCUUGUACGUUCUCCAGCAUUCCAUGUUGUGACACACAAGCGCAUCGAACACUUUUUGUUGUCUGUUGGCAACACAAUUCCUCUAGCUAGGACAAUUUGUAAGCCACUCCUUGAAUACAUUCCUGAAUGGCAAAAGAUAUAUGCAUAUACUUGGAGUUAGGGAGUAUGUUAAUUAUGAGUAUGUUAAUUAUGAAUAAUUGUUAAAAGAGUAUUAUAAUUGUUAGUUGUUCAUUAUUUUGUGUCAGAGCCAGUUUUAGCUUUAAAAAUAAGUUAAUUACUUUUAUAAUUUUAACAAUGGGGAGUAACAAUGGGAAUAAAUAUGAAAAAUAAA